AGACUUCAUAUCAUAACAACUCAGCAGAGAGAAGAGCAAAAAAAUAGACCCAGCGACUGCGAUUCCAGCACAUCGAUCGACUACCAAGACUCCCCAGGAGACCCCCAAAAUAUCGCCAACAUGAGCACCUCCUACGUAGAAGCCGAGAAACUUCAGCCCACCGACUUCGAGGUUCGCUACUUCGACAACUACGACUACUACAACCUGACCGAUCGCUACGCCCUGCCCACCGCCGCCAGGAAAGGUCGCACCAAAAAAGAGGCCAGAGAGAACACCAACCGGGACAAUCCCUGCGGCCACGAGAGGAAGAUCACCGACAAACUGCAGCGCACCGAAGCCAAGAAAAAGGGCAAAGGAGGCAAAGAGUGAGACUCCGUAUACAUCUCCGGACGGCACAAGGGCGCACAGACCGAUGGCACGGUACAGACACAGAGAUCUUGGAGAGCCGGAGCGGGCUGACGCACCGGCCUCCCGCUCACAGGAAAGACGCAGAGCAGAAAACGAGGAGGAUGGGUGCAAGUCUGCUGCAGAGCAUCGCUCCUACCACCCACCGUGAGCAGCAGAACAUCACUCCUGAAAGAGAGCGGCCGAGAGCUGCUGACUGUUUCACCCUCCAUCCUCCCGGGACUGGACCUGCUGCAGAGCAUCGCGCUGGGAGGGGGGAGGCGGGGACUUCCACUGUCAGUGAAUGGACAUUGCAUUACCCGUUUCAUGGCUGCAGAGGAAGUUGUUGUGUAGACAUUAGUAAAUAAAGUUUUGUUAAACACGUUA